ACUUCUCCUCCUCAGUAAACCUUCGCCUGAGGGUUUAUUAUUACAACCUCUUCCCUGCAGCCCAAAUCGUGGAGGAGGCGGGGGAACCAGGGAAGGGGAGAGCUGCCUGGGGAGAUCUGUGGAGCCAGCGGCUUUUUCUCCUUUUUCCUCACCGAGCAGAGAGAGAGGAGAGGAGGGGCAGAGGCUGGUCGUGUGAGUUCAGGCCGGUUGAGAGAGUGUAAACUCCAAAUCUCUGAGGCAGCUGAGAGAGCAAGAGCGAGUUCAGCGCUACAACCAGCCUGCCCAAAGCCUCAUCCUUCUCGUGAUCAGAAACUCCCUGGUGUCCGGCAUGAAAGCCCACUAAAAAGUUCUGGAACCAACUUCACUUCUCCGGGCUCUGAAAGUUUCCUAUGAGGCUGCUUUGUGCGCCAGCAUGAAAGACGACUUUGCAGAAGAGGACGAAGUGCAGUCCUUUGGUUAUAAGAGGUUUGGUAUUCAAGAAGGGACACAAUGCACCAAAUGUAAAAGUAACUGGGCACUGAAGUUUUCCAUCAUACUGUUGUAUAUAUUAUGUGCCUUGCUGACAAUAACAGUAACCAUUUUGGGAUACAAAGUUGUAGAGAAAAUGGACAAUGUUACCGGUGGCAUGGAAACGUCACACAGAACAUGCACAGAAAAACUUACAAAAGUGGAAAGCGGCCUAAAGGAACUGGAUUAUCAAACAGAUGAGAAAGCCCAAAACACCAGUACAGAACUUUCAAGCUUCAAAGCUGAUAUCCUUGCCCUCCGUCAGCAACUUCAUGAGAUUUCAGAGAAAACUGCAAAGAACAAAGAUACACUGGAAAAAUUACAGGAGUCUGGAAGUGUGUUAGAUAACAGGCAGACCCAAAUGAAAGGUGUUUUGGAUAGCAACUCCUUCAUGAUCCUCAAUGUCAACAAAACUCUCCAGAUCUACAAUGGCUAUAUCAAUGAGCUCCAGCAAGAUAAGAAUAACAUUCAGACAAAUUUGCAAAGUCAAAUACAUUCACAUAGUGUCGUCAUCAUGAAUCUAAACAAUCUGAACCAGACCCAAGUCCAGCAAAGAGAUCUUAUCAGUGCUUUGCAGAGAUCUGUGGAUGAUUCAAGUCAAGCCAUCCAAAGAAUCAAAAGUGACUUUCAAAACCUUCAGCAGGUUGCUCUCCAAGCACGGAAGGACACAGACUGGCUUAAAGAGAAAGUACAGAAUUUGCAGACAUUAGCAGCCAACAACUCAGCCUUGGCCAAAGCUAAUAAUGAUACACUUGAGGAUAUGAGUAGUCAGCUUAGCUCAUUUAGUGGGCAGAUGGACAACAUCACUACUAUUGCACAAGCCAAUGAUCAAGGUUUGAAGGAUCUCCAGGAACGCCAUAAAAAGUAUGAAAAUGGAACAUCUGCUAAAUUUAACCAGCAAGAAGAACGAUUUCAGAACUUUGAGACUGAUAUUGUCAACAUCAUUAGCAAUAUUAGUUAUACUGCCCAUCAUCUGAGGACAUUAACUAGCAACCUCAAUGAGGUCAGGAUAACAUGCACAGAAACUCUUAGUAAACACACAGAUGAGCUGACUUUUAUGAACAACACAUUAGCAGAUAUUCGUCUGGAUGCAACUAGCAUCAAGAUGCAGCAGGAUGUGAUGAGGACAAGAUUAGAUACUGAAGUAUCCAAUUUAUCGAUAAUAAUGGAAGAAAUGAAGCUGGUGGAUUCCAAGCACGGCCAGCUUAUUAAAAAUUUCACAAUUCUGCAAGGCCCUCCAGGCCCAAGAGGUCCCAAGGGUGACAGAGGACUUGUAGGUCCUAUGGGCCUUCCUGGAUCCAAAGGACAAAAAGGAGAGAAAGGUGAGCCAGGACCACCAGGAUUGCAAGGUGAAAGAGGACCCAUUGGACCAACUGGACCACCAGGUGAAAAAGGUGGGAAAGGUUCCAGAGGUUUUCCUGGAUCCAAAGGCCAAAGAGGUUCACCUGGGAAGACGGGUUUGAUAGGACCUAGUGGAGAUCCAGGACCACCUGGAAUAGCUGGAAAAGAUGGUCCCCCAGGUCCCCCUGGCCCCCCUGGACCUCCAGGGCUGCAAGGAACUGUUGGUGAACCAGGAGUACAUGGUCUUCGUGGGCUGCCUGGCCUGCCUGGAAUGCGUGGUUUGCCAGGACAACCUGGACCUCCUGGGCCCCCAGGUCCAGGAAUGCCUAUGGCACUUCAGAGUGUGACAACAACUGCUCCUGAAGCUAAUGGUUGUCCUGCUUACUGGAAGAAUUUUACUGGCAACUGUUACUACUUUUCGUCAGAAAGAGACAUUUUUGAAGGGGCAAAACAUUUCUGUGAAGAAACAUCCUCACAUUUGGUUUUCAUAAACAGCAAAGAUGAGCAGCAAUGGCUAAAAAAACAGAUAGCUGGAAAAGGCAGCUUCUGGAUUGGCCUCACAGACUCAGAGAAGGAGGAUGAGUGGCAAUGGCUGGAUGGAACUUUGCCAGGAUAUACAAACUGGAAGGCUGGGCAGCCUGACAACUGGAACCAUGGGCAUGGACCAGGCGAAGAUUGUGCUGGGUUAAUCCAUGCUGCACUGUGGAAUGACUUUCACUGUGAAGACGUUAACAGUUUUAUUUGUGAAAAAGAGGUGGACAAAGCUCAGGCUUCAAGAUUGUAACAGGCUGUGAACUACAACAUGAAAAUGACUGAGAUUUCUUUAAAGACAAAAAAAGAAAAUCCUCUGGGAGUGAAUCAUCACCUGACCAAAAGAGGGAGCACUGAGAACUGGUUUUGACGAGCAAAGAGUCAUCAGCACAAUUUUUCCUCUUCAUCUUCUAAUUUUUCAGGGGCUUUAGAACCUGUUGCACAAAAGCAUUUAUUGGAAAUGCAAUUGAACUGAACCAGGUAUUGAUCCUUCUCCAAUCAUAAAUAGUACAGAUAACACAAAAUUUGUUCUGGCCAGAAAUGGACCAUGUCAAGCUGACUACAGAUCAUGACUUUUCCACUGUAGGAAAACAAUAUGAAGCUACUGCAUACACACAACAUCCACGUCAUAAAAUCCCAAUAUAGGCAAAUUAUAUAAAUAUACAUUUAUAAAUAUAUAUAAAUUUUAUAUAUAAAUAUAUAUAGUCAAGAUCUGAUCAGUAAUAUAGAAUAUACUUUUAAAAGCUUUUAAAUUUUUGUAUUUUUGUACAAAAUGUUUGCAUAUUACAUUGGUCUUUUUAACUGCCUUAAAAUUUUUAAUUUAGUGCAAAGAGGCCAAAGAAAAUAGCAAUGAUGCUAGUUCUCCCUCACUAGAAAUUAUUGUCAGGUAGAAAGAUAUUUUUGGUUUUAUUCACUCUAGUUUAAACAACUUUGAAGAUGGUUUGGGGUAACAUUUGUAGAAUUUUAUGUAAGUGGAAUUGUAGGGCGGGGGGCAUGAUUCCAAGGAUGGUUAAGAUGCAAGCCGAAACCCCUUUCUUCUUGGUUGGUCUCAUCUAUGUGAUGACUGCCACAUAAGCCAUGGGGUGAUGGAACAUGUCUGCAAGAAUAGCUGGUGCUACUCUGCCUGCAAGAAUGAAGGACUGCUUUUGAUAUAUGCUUCUCCUCUACUAGAGAAGCAGGCUGCUGACGACUGGAUUGUAGUGCCAACGAGGGAUCUCAGGGGAUCCCCAGGGGAUCCCCUGCUUCCCCAACCUCUGCCUCCACCACCACUCACCUGGCUGGAGUGGGGAAAGACAUGGGAAUGGGCCUCCUGGGGGUGCUCCCAGGGAGGCAUGACAACAUCACUUCUUGGAAGUGACAUCAUCAUGUUGCCCCAAUGGUGCUCACAUGCUUCUCAGUGGGCUGAUUUGGGCCCCAAAAUGUGCAAGCGCAGGAGUGAAGACAACGUGAGUGCUGCCUCCCACCCUGCCCCUCCCCCAACCUGGAGGAUAAGGGGACCUGACAAUCCUAGUGCCAACAAAUGGGAGCUGAGGUCCAAACAAGGCAUUUCCUGCAGUUGCAUGUAACGUUCCUCAUAUCUUUGUUUUAACCCAAAGGCAGCUUCCAAAGGGGAGCAGAACAGCUGGGUUAAUGCAUAUGCUUUCUUUACCAGCCAUUUUUCUGUUACGUGUUUCCCCCCUCCCUCUUCUUUCCCCUACCUGUGGGGAAAAUGGACGCUGGGGGAAGCGUUAACCACCACCACUAAGCUCAGUGUCACUGUUCUGCUCUUGAUCCUCAUUCUAAGAAGUGUUUUUGAGCUUAAGGGAAUGUUGUACCCUUCUGCAUACAACUGACACAAAUUAAGGUUUUUUUACAAUAGCAUAAUGUUUUGCAUUGAAGCAGGUUUAAAUCAAAUUAAAAGACAGAUCAUGGAUUUUGACAUACAGUGUUGUGAAAUGGAGAAUAUACCAUACAAAUGUCUGUAUAUAAAGAUUUAGCAGAAAUCUCUAUGAUCAGUUUUGUUGCAGAUUCUGGGUACAAGCUAGAUACAGGAAAAACAUUAGUUUAUAAAAUGAACACAAACUUAAAGUCAGAAAUAUCAGUUUAUCCUGAAAAUGUUUGUCACUAGUUUUUCUCAUGUUCCCUAUUCUGAUAACUUGCUAAAACCUCCUUUUUCUUUCCAUCUAGAAAGAGCUAUUGCCCAGGCAUCAUGUUGCACAUAAUGUAUGCAAAUAACUAAUGUUAUUAUUAGGAACCAUCAAAUAUGAGCCUCUCAGAGGUAUCUAGCUGGUCAUUGCUGGAAAUAAAAUAUUUGAUCUUUGGUAUGUUCUUAUAGGGCUCUUCUGAUGUUCCUGCGAAUUCAGCUUUAUGCAUUAUGCAGGUCCAGAGAAUAGAUCAGAAGUCCCCAACAUGUUGCCUAGCACUAUUGUGCAUAGGGAUUUGUUUCAUAGUGCCUGCUUCUUUCUUGAGUCUUGGGAUAAAAUUCAAAAAAUUGUGAUUGGAAUAGGAAAAACAAGAAGCUUUAGGUUGACACCAGCUAACUGGCUAGCAAAGGACAAAGUUUGAUGUGAGCCAUCUUGAGUGUCCCCAACCCAUCUCACAGUCACAUAUACUCACCUUAAAAGAACCUCUUAGUUGCUCAGUAUGGCCAACCAUGAGCAGUACAGAGGGGAAGGUCUUCUGCUUUCCCUUCCCCACCAUUUCCCUACUUAGCUCCAUUACAGGAUACUUGGCUUGGAAUCUUCCAGUAUUUUGUGGUACAGUCUCCAUUGUGAUUGGCUCAGUCCAUGAGGCAGUCAUUUUGUGAUUGGCCCCAUCCCCAUGGCAGCUAUUUUAUGAUAGCACCCACUAAUAGAGAUGGGCACGAAUCCAAUUAUGACCCCCCAAAAAUGCACAAACCAGGACAGUUCGUGGUUUGCGAACCACGGUUUGUGGAAGCUCCUUCCAUGAAGUGGUUACUGGUUCAGGUUCUUUUGGGUUGUAUUGGGAAAGGGACAGU